CGGAAGUCUGUUGACACAGCUAUUAAGAUGUCAACCGUUUAAAUGAAUCGCAGCACAUCACUUGGGUGAUCGCGGAAAAAAGUGCUAAACAGGAAAUGACAAAGAAAGGGCUUCUAGUGUUUCUCCUCUCUCUGAUUGUCAUGGUCAGAGCUGAUGGAGACAAGUACUCAUGUUUUGGAGUGAGCUCAGGGACAGUAGCAGGUAUUAUUUUCGCUGAUGUUGCAGUAACGGUCCUCAUUGUUACCACCACCUACUGGUACGCUAGCAAGCGCAGACAGAAGAAGGAAAACGCUGAUGAAGUCUACAUGAAUGUUAGAGCAAACUGCAAAACAUGAAGAUCUUUGGCAGACUGACGUCAACAAUGGAAAACUAAGUGACUGACAGUGGAUAUUAUAAAACAUAAUGAUUUAACACCGUUUCAAUACACAACUUUUAUCAUAGUGGCCUUGUGAAUUAGACAAAGUUUUCUAAUUUACUCUACUGUAAUUGUCUGACACUUAUUUAAAACAAUUUGGAAACAUUAAGAUUUUUUUUUAAGAGUUUAUUUUAUUCAAGGUAAAUUUGAUCAAAACACAGUAAAACAUUAGUAUUACAACAUAUUAUUUAAAAAAAAAAAAUCUUGUUUUCUUAUUUGCACAAAUAUAUGAAGCUGAACUGAACAUUAAUGACAAGAACCUGAUGAAAGAUCGAACUCCCGUGAUAACUGAUCAUAACAGAACAGAAACUGUAAGAUGAAUUUCUGAAGCAUCACGUGACACUGACAUUUAGCACUUAAGGUAUUUUAGAUAAUGUUUGACAAUAUUGCUGUUGUCCACAAAAAAAAGAUACAAACCUUAACGUUUACAGACAUUUGACUCGCACUGUAAAUCACUCAAUAGACAUUUCAAUUGAUUCAUUUAUUUUUUUAAUGAAAGUA